ACAAAGAUGGCGGAUUUGGCCUCCGACACGUAAAGAUUUAUCAAGUAAAACAAAAGCAGUGGUGGGGCUAUCUGGAAAAUAUUUACCUUUUAAAACAUUGGAUUUCAAUUACCUGCUUCUGUACGAUAAAGGGAGAUUUAAGGAUGUGCACCAUGGCGAUAUGAUUCAUCAACCGACUUCAUUCUGCCUCAUUCUGGUAUUGGACACAAUGUGACGCCACCGUCAUUGUUGUUGUUGACGUUGGUGACACUGCAUACAGUUUAACAGAAGUGUGAAGGUGAAGGUCAUGUCGGGGAUGCGGCCAAGUAUAUCCAUGUCUUCACUGUCUUCAAUGGAUAGAGGAGAUGUUGGGAUUUCGUCCAUACCGCCUCACAUGCGGAAAAACAGUGGCCUGCACACCCAGCAGUAUGACCGUGACGAUGGGAACAUUGACCUGUACCCCAACAAUGGUAACCGGGGCGACCGAGGAGAACGAGGAGGAGGGAGUGGAAAUGCUGCAAAGAAAAAGCGGAAGAAGCGCCACCUAGUGACAGCGAAUCUCUCAGGAACCAGAUAUGAAGUUGUGCGGCAGAUGGUGGAGAAGCUGGGCUUCACGGCAUCGCGGGACGACGAUCCUCUCAGCUAUAUCUUGUGGAAUGACAGCUUCGUGUCGACGGAGCGAGUCUCCGAGCUGAAGCCGUAUCAGAAGUUGAACCACUUCCCUGGGAUGGGGGAGGUGACGAGGAAGGACGCUCUCGCCAGGAACUUCCUCAAAAUUCAGAAAUCUUUUCCUGAAGAUUACAACUUUGUGCCCCGAACAUGGAUUCUGCCGACCGAUUACAGUACACUGCAAAACUACGCCAAAGAACUCAAAGCAAAGAAAAAAUUGAAAACUUUCAUCGUAAAACCUUCCAAUGGCGCACAAGGGCACGGCAUAUGUCUAUACAGAAAUGCAGAGAAGAUUCCCCCGACUGAGCACUUCAUCGUUCAGGAGUAUAUUGACAAGCCCUUGCUUCUUGAUGGCUACAAGUUCGACCUGCGCGUCUACGUCCUUGUCACGUCAUGUGACCCGCUCCGCAUCUUUCUCUUCAAUGAUGGACUUGUCCGACUUGGCACUGAGAAGUACCUUCCCCCACACGAGAGUAACAUUAACCACCUCUACAUGCAUCUCACCAACUACUCUGUGAACAAACACAACGAGUUCUACGACAAAAGUGCGUCCGUGGACACUGGGAGUAAACGCUCUAUACGCUACUUCAACGACUUCCUCCGACGCAAUGACAUUGAUGUUGCAUUGUUGUGGCGCAACAUCUCCGACAUGAUUGUCAAGACGAUGUUAGUGGCCCAGCCUCAUGUGCUGCACUCAUACCGCAUGUGUCGUCCCGGGGCCGCGACAGGGAGCGACAGUGUGUGCUUCGAGAUUCUGGGAUUUGACGUCAUGAUUGACAGAAAGCUCAGACCUUGGUUGUUGGAGAUUAAUCGAUCCCCAAGUUUUGGUACAGAUGAGAAAAUUGACUACGACAUCAAAUCUGGUCUUGUUGAAGACACACUCCGACUGCUCAAUAUCAAGUCGAGUGACAAGCGGCGGAACAUUGCUGCCCAGAAGGCAGAGGCCAGGAAGAGGUUGUUCCGGUCAACGAAGAAGGUGGAAGUCGAUGUCACCGACCUGGAGAAGAAACGUCAGACCAUUGAACGGAGGAAAGAGGAACUUAGGGAGCUGCUAUCUCGCAUCAGGAGGGCGGCGACGCGGGAGGAGUAUGAGAACCGCAACUGUGGCAGGUUCCGCCGCAUCUUCCCGUCAGACGACCGGGCCCGGCAGGAGAAGUACUGCAGCCUGCUGUCUUCCUGCUUCACCGUGUUCCUCGCCGGCCGGGGCAGCUCCAUGCAGAAGGAGAUCCAGACCACGUACAACAACAGGUUCAGGGAGGAGGAGAUCAUGGACAUGCUGGCUGAGUGUGAGGCUGAUGAGAAGGAGGGGCGUGUCUUCACCAACCCCGGGUCAUCGCGACCUAGAGGACCUAAGCCUCUUCAGAGUAUGCCAGAGAGUAUUCCGGCACCACGUGACGAGCUAGACGACGAUGAUGAAGACGAGUUGAGUGACAGUGCCUCUCCCCCUAGUUCUACAGUUCUCCGGCGCCGCUCAGCACACACACCCCCACGACCUUCUUCCCGACCAGACAGCGUCCACAGCAACCGCAGUUCGCGGCCGACGUCGGGGGUUCUACGCAUGACCCAGCGCCCCUCCAGCAACACGUCCCUUCCCGGGGCCCAGCAGCGCUCCAAGUCGUUGUCCCGGGCGGCCACCUCCAACAAACUCACCAUCAUGCAGAGGAAUGGCAUUGAUGACAACUUCCUGUCGUCGAUGGUGAAGGAGCGGGAGGAGGAGCUGACGAAGAAGACGCUGUCAUCUCUCAAUGAGAUGCGGAUCAAGUUCCCCGGCAAGACAGACCUUGAAGCUGACACACUUCUAGACAAGCUGAAUGAGAACUGGAAGUUCCACAAGCCGCGGAUAGCAUCCUACUGGCUGGUCAAACUGGACUCCAUCAAGAGGAGGAAGGUGACUGACAUUGUGAGGUCCAAUGUCAAGGCUGUAUUACAAAGGAUCUGGAGAUGUUCGGAUGUGGACAACUUGCGCCUGUAUCGGAUCUUCAGCCGGGUGUUUAACCGUCUGUUGUGGAGUCACGGCCAGGGGCUGUGGAACUGCUUCUCCUCAACGGGCAACUCGUGGGAGACGAUAUUCAACAAGAGUUCGGAGAACAUUAGUGAUGCGGAGAUGAACUGCUGCCGGCGAAUCGUACAGCUGUGUCGAGACUGUCUCUUAAUCGUGUACCAGUUCGCUGCCGAGGCAAAAUCAACGUCACAGACAGCGCCCUCUAGUGAGAGCGAGGAGCCUCCCACAGCACCACCACCAACAAGCAAUGGAUUCCUGGCCAGUCGAGACAUGAAGCCGCCGGCCACCUGGAACCCUCACACCUUCAGUCAGCGCUACUCCAAGCUCUACAACAGGGCUGAGGGGAUGGGCUCGUGACACACCAGCUGGGAACACCAUGUCUGCAGCCCGGAUGUAGCAGCGUAGUUGUAGCAGUCCAGAUGUUGCAGUGUAGAUGGUGGCAACGUGUGGCACAUAGGCACUGGCCCACCGAGCGAUCUUAGUGCUGUGAUCAUUGUAAGGCUGCGAAAAUGUAUGGGAGUGACGAUGGUCUUAGUGCUAAGAUCACUUUGCGGAAUUGGUCCCUGGAGGCCAGCUGCCACCAUACUGCUUGUCACUACAUCACUACAACUACUUCUAGUGAUGACACAAACGUGUGACAAAUCUCACAUUCCCAAGUAGAAUCCUGUGAUUGUAAGGCCAGGCUAAUUUUGUUUUACAGAUUUUCUAGGUUGAGAUAAAAAUGCUGUCUGUGUUGAGGUCAAUUUCCUGACGUACACCUUGACAUUAACAAACAUAUGAGUAAUCAGAAAUAGAAGUCGGGCUCUUUACUUACAUUUUACAAAAUGAUGGGCUGGUGGCUCAUGGUUUAAACAAGAAUAUAAAAUGGUCUAACAUCAGUGAAAACAUCAUCUUAAACAUCAAAAACAGCGGAAAUAUCGGCCUUAUGACUUUUUAGCCUAUAUUUAGAUUAUUUAUUAGAUUCAUGCAGACACAACAAAUAGCUGAACUAUGUACUGUGUAUCGCUGUGGCCCCUUGUGUAUGAUCUCUGUGGCCCCUAGUGUAUGAUCGCUGUGGCCCCUAGUGUAUUAUAGCUGUGGCCCCUAGUGUAUAAUUGCUGUGGCCUUUAGGGUACGAUCGCUGUGACCCCUAGUGUAUGAUCACUGUGGCCCCUAGUGUAUGAUCACUGUGGCCCCUAGUGUACGAUCGCUGUGGCCCCUAGCGAACGAUCGCUGUGACCCCUAGUGUAUGAUCACUGUGGCCCCUAGUGUAUGAUCACUGUGGCCCCUAGUGUAUGAUCACUGUGGCCCCUAGUGUAUGAUCGCUGUGGCCCCUAGCAAACGAUCGCUGUGACCCCUAGUGUAUGAUCACUGUGGCCCCUAGUGUAUAAUCACUGUGGCCCCUAGUGUAUAAUCACUGUGGCCCCUAGUGUAUGAUCACUGUGGCCCCUAGUGUAUGAUCACUGUGGCCCCUAGUGUAUGAUCACUGUGGCCCCUAGUGUAUAAUCACUGUGGCCCCUAGUGUAUGAUCACUGUGGCCCCUAGUGUAUGAUAACUGUGGCCCCUAGUGUAUAAUCACUGUGGCCCCUAGUGUAUAAUCACUGUGGCCCCUAGUGUAUAAUCACUGUGGCCCCUAGUGUAUAAUCACUGUGGCCCCUAGUGUAUAAUCACUGUGGCCCCUAGUGUAUGAUCACUGGCCCCUAGUGUAUAAUCACUGUGGCCCCUAGUGUAUAAUCACUGUGGCCCCUAGUGUAUGAUCACUGUGGCCCCUAGUGUAUAAUCACUGUGGCCCCUAGUGUAUGAUCACUGUGGCCCCUAGUGUAUAAUCACUGUGGCCCCUAGUGUAUAAUCGCUAUGGCCUCUAAACCUGUGGUAUCAAUUGAGCACAACACAGAACCCAAUACUUGGUACUUUUGAUGGUGUACUGUAUUAACUGGUACUACUUUGGCCUGCAGCCUAACAUACUCGACGCCAUGAUAAUAAAACAACUAGAAUUGUGUCUGCUGUGUCUGGCACGUAGGUCGCUGUAUUGCUGACAAUGCCGAUACCAAUAAACCGAAGGAUAAACUUUCUUUGUCUCCCUUGACACUUCCGGUGUUGGAGAACAAAGCUGUGCCUUGACCAGAUGGAAGCCAUGGCGACCACUGGGGAUGACAUUAUGCCUACAGUCUGGUGUAUAUAUAGAUAUAUAUAUACGUUUCUGACAUGGAAUUUUAGUUUAUAUGUGUGUACUUGAAAUAAUCACAGUGUAUCUUGAGCAGAAUAUGUGUAGGUCAUGAAAUGAUUUGUGUUGUGUUCAAUAAUAUACAACCACAAUAUGUCUACAAUGUUACUGAUAUUUGUAUAUUGUCUUAUACAAGAAGCCAUAAAAUGUAUUGUCUUAUACAAGGAGCCAUAUAAUGUAUUGUCUUAUACAAGGAGCCAUAUAUUGUAUUGUCUUAUACAAGGAGCCAUAAUGUAUUGUCUUAUGCUAGGAGCCAACUUGUAUAUUGUCCUAUAUGAGGGGCCAACUUGUAUGGGCAGCCAUUCGGUUAAAAAAUACAAAGUUAAAAUUUGACAAAAGUACACAAUAAAGGUCAAAUAUUACGAAUAAAGAA